AUGGAUGCCCUUGUGAUGAGGGAUAAGCCUGAGAAGACCCUUCCAGAGGAGGCAGUGUGCAGCAUCUGUCUCGACUACUUCAAGGACCCUGUGACCAUCCACUGUGGGCACAACUUCUGCCGAGGGUGUAUAACUCAGGUGUGGGGUGUGAGUGAUGAGAACAAGGAUGAGCUAGAAACCAAGCAAGAGGAGGAGGAAAAGGGUGAAGAAGACGACGACAGGGAAGAGGUUGUGGGGACCAGUGCAGGGUUGGAAACCCAGAAUCAGAGAAAAUUAUCUGAGAGUGGUUUGGAGGAAAAUGCUAAAGGUACCAGUACCUAUGGCACAUCCACUUGGGACAGCAUAGAUGAUUUAUUGGCGGAUGUUGAAAAAGAUGACGGAGAUCACGUGGGGGCCAGUGCUUGGUGGGAUACCAGAAGUGAGGGAAAAGUGUUUGAUAGUGACUUGGAGGACUUUGAGCACAACAGUGUCAAUAGCCAGUCCAGCUGGGACAGCUUAGAUUACCUGUUGGAAGAUGAAGAUGAAGAACAACCUGAGGGGUCCAUGAAUGAGGAGAAAAUCCUGUGGGAGGAAGAAGAACAGAAGGAUGAAGAGGAGGAGGAGGAAGAAGAACAGAAAGAGCACCUGGCCCCUGGCCCCGCAGUACCUGCCUGUUCAAUGCCUUGGAGGCUGUUCACCUGCCCUCAGUGCCGAAAGAGAUUUUGUCAGUCAGGCUUCCGCCCCAAUGUGGAGCUCGCCAACAUGGUGCAGGUGAUUCGGCAGAUGCAGCCAACCUCUGAGCAUGGGGGGCCUGUAAAUGAGAACAUGUGUCCUAAGCACCAGGAAGCCCUGAAGCUCUUCUGCACCGUAGAUGAAGAGGCCAUCUGUGUGGUGUGCCGCGCAUCCCGGGGCCACAGAAAGCACAGUGUGGUGCCACUGGAGCAGGUGGUGCAGGCAUACAAGGCCCAAUUGCAGGAGCAGCUGGAACCCCUUAGGAGGCACCUGGAGGCUGUGCAGAACCUCAAGGCCAGGGAGGAGAGUCGUUUGAUGGAGGGUAUGAGCCAGAUGAAUGCACAGGUGGCACAUGUGUCCUCAGAGUUUGGGCAGCUGUCUGGCUGUUUAUCCCAAGUGCAAGCUGAAUUGGAGAUAGGGCAGGCACAGGUGGAAGCCGAGCGCCUGUCAGAGCUGACCACCAAGCUGAGCUGCCUGCUGGCUGAAGUCCAGGAGCGGAGCCAGCAGGAUAGCCUACAGCUGCUUCAGGAGACUCUCAGGAAGUGUAGAGAGUCCGGGGACGUGCUGUUUUUCUACCAGCUCUCCUGGCUCUUCAGUACCAUAGAGGCGUGGGCCUCCACCAUCCUAGCCUUCCCGCUCUGUUCCUGA